GCGGACGGCGGAACUGUCGGCGGCCGGAACGCGGCGUGCGGGGGGGGCGGCGCGCGGGCCGGGCGGGAGGCGGGGCGGACCGCGGGGCGGCGCCGCCAUUGGUGGAGGGCGGCGGGUGCGCCCGCCUCAGCGCUCCCCUGGCGGCUCGGCGGCGAUGGCGGCGGCGGGGCCCGGCCGCUGCCCCGGGUGCGGCUCCGCCGCGCUGGUGGAGGACGCGCACUACGCGCAGCAGCAGCUGGUCUGCGCCGCCUGCGGCUGCGUCCUCGCCGAGGGGCUCCUCACCACCACCUACGCCGAGGAGGAGCACCUCCGAGAGGUGGCGUAUUCCCAGAGCACCGGCCAGAAAGAGCAGCUGAGCCGCUGCCUGCAGCGAGGGAUCAGGCGGGUCCAGGAUCUCUGCAAAGUCCUCCAGCUCCCGACGGUGUUUGAGGAGACGGCGGUGUCGUACAUGCAGAGAGCUCUGCGGCACCCCUCCUUCCACCUGGUCAGUCUGGAGAAGAAGGAGCUCCUGGGGGGCUGCUGCGUCUUCGUGACGUGUCGGCAGCACAACUGGCCCCUGACGAUGGGGACGAUCUGCUCCCUCCUUUACGCGAAGCAGGAGCUGUUUGCCAGCGUCUACCUGGGCCUUCAGAAGGAGCUCGGGCUCUCUGUGCCAGCCCUGAGCCUGGUGGAUCUGGUGAAGACGCACCUGAGCAGCUUUCGGCUGUUCCAGCACGGGGCCGACGUCCCAGCUCCGUUCGUGGAGAACAAGGAGAAGAUGGUCGCCCGGACGAUGCAGCUCGUGGAGCUGGCCAGCGAGACGUGGCUGGUCACCGGCCGGCACCCGAUUCCCAUCGUGACGGCCGCGGCGUUCCUGUCGUGGCAGUCGCUGCAGCCCGCCGCCCGCCUCGGCUGCACGUUCGCCCGGUUCUGCACGCUGGCGGGAGUCGACCUGCCGCCGCCGGCGCACCUGAGGCUGAAGGAGCUUCUCGAGAUCCUCCUGAGAAUGGCCUCCCAGCUCGCCUGGCUGCGGGUGUUCAACGUGGACAAGAAAACUGUGGUCAAACACGUCGGGGACCUGCUGCAACACCGAAUUUUCCUGCUGAAAAACGCCUUCUGCAUGGAGGGUGAGGAGGAGCAGCGUGCCGCAGCCCCGGGUGGGGGGUCCCCCGGCUCUCUGCCCGCAGCAGGAGGGGCAGCCGGGGAGGAGGGCUGUCCCUCGGGAGGGAAACGCCAGCGUGAGGGCAGCCCGAGGCCCUUGCUGCCGCCCUGCCUUAUCAAUCCAAGGAAGCGGCUGCGGACGGCAGCCCCCAGCGCUUCCGACUCUGCCAUCACCGGCAACGAGCCCAUCUCCGACCGCGAAAUCGAGCAGUACCUGCGGGGCCCAGAGGAGAUCCGGGCCCUCAGGAAGGCCAAGGCCUGGCUGUGAAGACGGUCGUUUCCAUUGCGGUCCCGUGGCAGCGGGGACUGUGGGACCAAAAGCGUGAAACCCGGCGGUGACAGAGCCAUCGCGCACCACAGGGACAGUCCCCCGAGGGAGGGGGGUUGUGGGGAGGGGGCGGGCUGUGACUUCUUUCAUGUUCUGGGCCACAAUGGGGCUUUUUAUGGAGUGACUGCUUUGGGCUGUCACGUUUCUGUUAGAAAUAAAUAGAAGCGCAGGUGCCAGGACUGGUUUCUGGAUUCUCCCUCACUGCAGCCUCUGGUAAAA